GGGCGGGCCUUCCUUCUGUUCCUCUGUCCUUCUUUCCCAGGGUCAUGGCUCUCAGGAGAAGCUUCGGAUCAGUUGCUUGGAGGGCCUACUCUCGAGGAGUAAGCAAGGAUUGGCUAACAGAGGACUUCCUUGACUCCUUGAGAGCGGUGGUGGGGAGUCCCAACGUCUCUACAGCCUCUGCGGUUCGCGAACAACACGGCCAUGAUGAAUCCAUGCACAGGUGCCGUCCGCCAGAUGCCGUGGUCUGGCCCCAGAACGUGGAACACGUCAGCCUCCUGGCCCAAGCGUGCUACAGCCGUGGGGCUCCCAUCAUCCCCUUUGGGACCGGGACCGGGCUGGAAGGCGGUGUUGGCGCUGUGCAGGGUGGUGUUUGCUUUGACUUGACUCAAAUGGACCAGAUAUCAGAUCUGAACCCAGAGGACUUCACCGUCACCGUUGAACCCGGAGUGACCCGCAAGACUCUGAACAACUUCCUGCGUGGAAGCGGUCUCUGGUUUCCGGUCGACCCUGGAGCAGAUGCCUCUCUGUGCGGCAUGGCGGCCACCGCAGCCUCUGGCACCAACGCCGUGCGCUAUGGCACCAUGCGCCAGAAUGUGCUCAACCUGCAGGUGGUGCUGCCCGACGGGAAGGUGCUCCACACAGCUGGACGGAACCGCAGGCCCAGGAAGAGCGCGGCCGGCUACCACCUGACGGGGCUGUUUGUGGGCUCGGAGGGCACCCUGGGCCUCAUCACUCAGGCUACGCUGCGCCUCCACGGUGUCCCUGAAGCGACUGUUGCUGCCGUGUGCGCCUUCCCCUCUGUCAAAGAGGCCGUGGACAGCACCGUCCAGGUCCUGCAGGCCGGCAUCCCUGUGGCACGCAUCGAAUUCCUGGACGACGUGAUGAUAGGCGCCUGCAACCGCUACAGCAAUCUCAACUACGCGGAGCUGCCCACACUGUUUCUGGAGUUUCACGGAAGUGAGCACGGCGUUGCGGAGCAGGUCCAAGCGGCAGGGGAGAUUGUGAAGUCGAACGGCGGUUCAGACUUCGCGUGGGCACAAGAGCAGGAGGCCCGGAAUCAACUCUGGACGGCACGGCACAACGCCUGGUACGCAGCCCUGGCGCUCCGCCCCGGAUGGAAGGGCUACUCCACGGACGUCUGCGUCCCGAUCUCCCGCCUUCCCGAAAUAUUGGUGGAAACCAAGAAAGACUUGCUGGAGUCCAAGAUUAUAGGUCCCAUUGUCGGACACGUCGGAGACGGGAAUUUCCACUGCCUCCUGAUUCACGAUCCUGAAGACGAAGGACAUAGAAGGAGCGUGGCGGACUUUGCCGAGCGGCUGGGAAAGCGGGCGCUGGCGAUGGACGGCACCUGCACCGGUGAACACGGCGUGGGCUUGGGCAAGCGGCAGCUCCUUCGUGAGGAAGUGGGUGAAGUGGCACUCGCCACCAUGCGACAAAUCAAGGCAGCACUGGACCCCAAGCACCUCAUGAACCCCGGGAAGGUCUUGUGACUGCCUUCGUCCUGUGGCCAAUUUGGCACCCCAUCCCAAAGGCUUACCUAAACCCACCCUCCUUGGACACCUAGUAAUAAUCUGCACUCUAUUCUCCAAAGGUUAGAAUCAUCUUGGCGACUACUCCGAGUUUGCAAUAGGGCGAAAGCUUUUCCAGGCAUUGCCCAACACGUUUCAUCCUAGUUAUGCUAUCUAUAUAAAUAAAAAUGUAAUGUUAGUUUGUGGCAUUAACAGAACUCAAAAACCACUGGACGAAUUGACACCAAAAUUUGGACACAAUACACCUAAACCAAUGAAUGUCCUUCACUCAAAAAAAUUGAUGUUGUCAUUUGGGAGUUGUAGUUGCUGGGAUUUAUAGUUCACCUACAAUCAAAGAGCAUUCUGAACCCCACCAACGAACCAAACUUGGCACACAGUUCUCCUAUGACCAACAGAAAAUACUGGAAGGGUUUGGUGGACAGUGUCCUUUGGUCGUGGAGUUGUAGUUCACCUACAUCCAGAGAUCACUGUGGACCCAAACAAGGAUGGAUCUGGACCAAACUCUACACAAAUACUCAAUAUGCCCAAAUGUGAACACUAGUGGAGUUUGGGGAAAAUAGAAUCUUGACAUUUGGGAGUUGUAGUUGCUGGGAUUUGUAGUUGACCUACAAUCACAGAGCAUUCUGAACCCCACCAACGAUGGAAUUGAACCAAACUUGGGACACAGUUCUCCCAUGACCAACAGAAAGUACUGGAAGGGUUUGGUGGGCAGUGUCCUUUGGUUGUGGAGUUGUAGUUCACCUACAUCCAGAGAUCACUGUGGACUCAAACAAGGAUGGAUCUGGACCAAACUCUACACAAAUACUGGGAUUUGUAGUUCACCUACAAUCACAGAGCAUUCUGAACCCCACCAAUGAUGGAAUUGGGCCAAACCUCCCACACAGAACCCCCAUGACCACCAGAGUGGGCUACAGCAAUGCGUGGCAGGGAACGGCUAGUAGUAGAAGGAAAAUGAAAAUCCUGUUGUUGCUUAUUGGGUUGAGUGAAUCCUGCCGUUAAAGGGAUGGAGCCUCUGCUGCGAAGAAAAGCCGCAAGACGGUUAUUACAGCUGCUAACUUCCUGAGAGCCUCAGGUGCAACAAUGGAUAUGCUGUUUUCGCACCUUUGGAAACACCUGUUUGAUGUGCAAGCAAGCACUGGUUGCACCAUCAAAGUGAAAUAAAUCAUAGAGUGUUUCCAUGCAGAAAAGGAGAAUAAGUCACACAGCGAGGGGCUUCCUUGGCCCAAAGAUAAUGCAGGCUACACAGUGGAUGAUUUGAUAAUAGACAAUGCAAACCUGGAACCAUCCACCAAUAUGUCAUUGACAUCCAGGAACUUUGUAAAGGGCUACAACACAAGUGAUGUAAAGCUUACCUUUUUGACA